CGUACCAGUUCUACCAGUGUAAAACGCAAUGAGCAUUGUGUGCCGGUGGAUAUUCCCCCCUUUCUGUGCCAUAAGCUCUGACCUGGCUUGCAUGACGUCGAUAUGCAUCGGUAUCUAACGACGAAUAGACUUAAUGGACCGUACCUUUUGUUCCCUAUUCCCUACAGAGAUAAUCCUCAGGAAGACGAAUUGCAGAGCAAAUAGGGAAACUCAACCGACUAUUUCGUUUUGCACGAGCGAUAUUCAGUGAUUGAUUCAGUUUCGCACGAGUUGAGGCUUCAUUUGACCUCGUUUUGGUGGCGCCAAAAUUUAUUUCUAUACAAUUGCAAACAUGAGCUCAUUUAUCCGGUUACGUUAGCUGGCCCCAGUGACGACCAGUGGCAAUUUUAUCUUUAAUACUUGACCACACGCUAACGGAGGAUGUCGACGCAGCCUAAAGCACGUGGUCCAGGUAGACCACCAAAAUUGAAGAACGUUCCAUGCACGUGGUGCGGAGAGACUAAACUACCAUUAAAGUAUGUUCUUCCUACACAGAAUGGCAAGAAGGAAUUUUGUUCGGAGACUUGUCUGUCCGAAUCUCGCAAAACCUAUACAAGGAGUGUUUGUGUACAAUGCGAAAAUGUGAUAGCGAUCAGGGUUACACCUUUUAGACUGGAACAAAAAGAUGCUCCAACAAAGGAUUUCUGUUCUGCAUACUGUUUAAAUGUGUAUCAGAAAAAAGAAACACAAACAGACACAAAGAAAAACAACAGUGAUCCUUUGUUACUGUCUCCUACUUCGUCUCCAGCUUCAUCUGGAUUGUCAAGCAACAAUAAUGCACAAACGACACAACCUUACACAAAUACAAAUAAUCACACAACUGUAUCUCGUCCACCAACAGCAUCUACUGGAACAUCUACUGCAUCGUUGCAAUAUGAAGCCUUUCAGACUUUUGAUUGGGAUCUUUAUUUAAAAGAAACAAACAGCAAAGCAGCUUCACUCGAGUGCUUCAAGCAGCAUGACGUUCCACCAACAAAUGAAUUUAAGAUUAAUAUGAAAUUGGAAGCAUUAGAUCCACGGAACUUGACAUCAACUUGUAUCGCCACAGUAGUAGGUGUUCUGGGACCGCGAUUAAGAUUAAGAUUAGAUGGCUCUGAUAACAAGAAUGAUUUCUGGCGGUUGGUCGAUAGUAACGAAAUACAUCCGAUAGGCCACUGUGAGAAAUCUGGCGGGAUGCUUCAGCCGCCACUAGGCUUCCGGAUGAACGCUUCUAGUUGGCCAAUGUUCCUCCUAAAAACUUUAAAUGGUGCCGAAAUGGCACCGGCUAAAGUAUUCAAACGUGAACCAAAGACACCACGCUCUAAUUUGUUUGAAGUCGGACACAAAUUAGAAGCAAUUGAUAAAAAGAAUCCACAGCUUAUAUGCACUGCAACCGUUGGCGCAGUUAAUGAGGACCAGAUACAUAUUACGUUUGAUGGUUGGCGCGGUGCUUUUGAUUACUGGUGUCGUUAUGAUUCUCGAGAUAUUUUCCCUGCAGGAUGGUGUUUUAAAAGUGGACAUCCAUUACAGCCACCAAGGCAAAAAUCAGGUUCAAACAAGGGAUUUAGAGGGUCUAAAGCCAACAGUAAUGUUUUUCUUGUAAUGGCGGUUGGCUCUGGAAAUAACAAUAACAGAGAGUCUCCAGUUGCAUUAGUAACACCUGCAGGCUCCAAUGCACCAUUACAGCCAGCUACGGAACCUGACACUAGCACAGUCAAUACCAAACCGCUUGAAAAUGUUACGCUUUAUGUCAACCAUAAAUGUCACUGUGGGCCAUAUUUUGAUAUUCGAAAAGUGAAAGUCCUGCCAGCGCAAUUUGGUCCUGGUUCUAUGACAUGUAUUGCAAGAGACAUCUUCCAAGCAUUUUUAAUGGCAGCCUUGAAUCCCAAACAAAUGUUGGGUUUACUGAGAAAUGGUGAUGGCGAAACUGUAACUUUGAGUAUGGGAACUUUGAAAAAACCUGCUGCUGUUAAAUUAUCUCAUUUUUUGGAAGAAGAAGACUUCUAUGCAUAUAUUAGACAGCAACUUGAGGAUCUUCAUGCAUGCGAAUACAUGUUAACUAAAAGAAAAGAACCUUGUAGCAAAUGUCCCACAUCUUCGCUACAACAACCACAAUCCACUAAUGAUGAAGUAGCAAAUGGCUCUAUAGGAGAGAAACGAAGAUGGUCAUCGGAAAGUCAACAAAACUUAACGCCAACUCAGCAACAGCAUGUUCAGCAAACUCCUGUGCAGAGUAUAAAUCAUUCUACAGAACCAUCUCCUACAUCUGCGAAGCAAUCUCGCAAAUCUAUUCCCGAAUUGGAAGCAGCGACGUCUACUACUCAAUCCAAUGAAGCCUCUGGAAGUCGCACUCUUCCCAUUGAACCAGCAGAAUGGACUAUUGAAGAUGUAAUACAUUUUAUUGCCAUUACAGAUCCAGUAUUAGGACAACAUGCAGAUUUAUUCAAGAAGCAUGAAAUUGAUGGCAAGGCCCUACUUCUUCUCAAUAGUGAUAUGAUGAUGAAGUACAUGGGACUAAAACUUGGGCCAGCACUUAAGAUUUGUAAUUUGGUAAACCGUAUUAAAGGUAGAAGACAUACACAUAUGUGAUUUUCUCAUAUAUGAAUAAUGAUCUGAAAUU